AUGUCACAAGCUGACGUCCCCGCCGUCGAUGCGGAUGGAAACACGCUGUUCCACGAAGUUGUCCUGGAGAUCAGCCAUGGCGUGGAGGAAUUGGAAAGGAUCUCCAAGCUGGGUGUUGACAUCAAUCAAGCCAAUAAUCUGGGACGUAUCCCUUUGCAUGCACUUUGCGGCAAGGGAUGGCACGAUGCCAUUCUGUCAAAGCAACUAGUGAAGCACACGCGAUGGAUAUUAGAGCGAACCACGAAUCCCGAUGUGGCUGAUGCGGAGGGUAUUAGGCCUUUGCAUCUUGCAUCGAUGAUGUCUGAAUACUUCGUGAAGGAACUACUCGCUUCUGGUGCUGAUCCUGCCGGGGCAACUCAUGAGGGUCUUACUCCGCUACAUCUUGCAGCUCGCGCUAGAGAGAGCAACGUGGUGGGGAUGUUGAUUUCGGACCUCACCAAGUCACGAGAUACCGAGGAUAAAAUUGCAAAAGGAGUGCAACACCUAAACGCCAAAGACAAGAGCGGCCGUUCUCCUUUACAUUACGCCUCGGUCGAUCACGACGGCAAGACCCUUCUUGAUGCCUGUGCAGAGUUUGAAGAUGAGGAGAAGCUUUGGGCUGAAGGCUGGAAGCCAGCGUAUACGGACUGGGAUAAUAUUUGGAAAACUGCUAUAUCCAAAGAUUGGGAUCAUGUUGCUGUCGGUGGCUACAGAAUCCAUGACGAGCUGCGUCCUUGGGUUUUGCCGGGCAAAGCAGCAAUUGUCGCCUUUCAGAAGACCUAUGAUGGACCUUGGACGGAAGCUUACCCGGGAAUAAGGUCGCCCCAUGACACGACUCGGCUUGAGGAGAUUCUGCAAUUGCUAUUCGAGUCUGCCUUGAAACGAGAGGGGCGUAUUAAGUCUAUGGCCGCCACUGUUGACCGAUGCAUUGAGCGUUGUGAGACAGAUGGUCAUACAUACACUUUGCGGUGCUUGAAGCAUUUAAAGACGAAGCUUGAGGCUGCAACCAAACCAGGAGCUACUAUACAGCAGCUCGUAAUCAACGAUGACUCCAACAAUAUUCACGAAAAAGAUCAAUCUCUUCUUCAGUCCGUUGGCAGCGAUUAUUUUCGCGAGCACGACUACAUUGAGACGCAAGCGGUGGACCAACUCCUAAGAAUGCGAGAAUGGGAUGUAAUAGAGCGUCUUCUUCGCCGUGGAUCUUGUUCCACGGAGUUUAAAACCCUUGAAACAGGAAGAAUUUUACGCCUUCUCGUCAAGCAUGGCUAUGCAAGCCUGCUUGCAACUAUAUUCUGCUCUGACGACCCACCGUUCGCGGCAGUGAGCGAUCUAGACGGAACAGUCGACCCGCUUAUCUUCGAAGCCUGCCAAAGAGCUCUACCAAACAUGGAUGUAAUCCGCGUGUUGGUUGAGAAAGUGCACGUCGAUGUCAACGCCAAGAGCAGAACUGCAGAAAAGAGAAUGGCAGACCUGGAGGAGGAACUGAGAGAAGAAGUGGACCCGGAUUAUGACUAUCUUCAGGGGAGGAAUAUGGCGCUUCACGACCUUGCUUUGGGGCGGCAUUGGUGGGCUGUGGUGCAAGGAAUUCCAUACUUGGUGGCUUCGGGGGCGGAGUUGGAGCAACUCAAUGAGGAGGGUCAUACACCUCAACAGUAUGGGAAAGCGCUUUGCCACAUAGGCACCUUUGGGACAGAGGCGGAAGAAGCACUUAAGAAAUUUUAA